GAACCAGAGGCCGGGAUGCGCUUUCCUUCACUCCCACUGACACAGGUAGAGCUUGAAACUGGCCACGCCCCACUCCCAGGUGACUCCACCGCCACCGCAGAGCCAGACAGAGCACAAAGGUAUCAGAUCUUGCAUCCUCUCCAACUGCAAAGACCAGGCAGAAUGGAGGCGUGUAUGAUGAAGCCAGAAGUCAAGAAGAAACCGAAGCCGCCUAAACCUCCUCCAAAGCCUGCUGAGAUGAAAAGAAAUGACCCAGGGAGGCUGGAGGAACCAGCUCCUGUGGUGCCUCCACGACCUAAAGACGCUGAACUGAGUCAGACACAGUACAGAAUGAAAAGAGCUGCAACAACAAACAAUGAGGCCAAUGGAAACUUAAUUCAAAGAGACACCAAAGAGAAAUCGUCUGACAUCCCUGUGGUUCCACCCAGACCAACAGAAAAGGAACUGAACGGCUCAAACAGGUACAGCCAGCGCAGGAGGCUACAGACUGGGGACGCAGAACGAUCCAGAGAAACUGACCAACCAGAAGCUGCUGAAGUUGAAGUAGACUUCAAACAGGUACCACAGAGUAAUCAGUCGGUCCUGACUGGAUUGUUUCGGCUGAGCCAGAAAGAGAAAACGCCUAAGUUCACUAGUUACGUGUUUGACGACCGUGAUGAAGAGGAAAAAACUGGUGACGUCCCGGCCAAACAGGCGCCUGGCAGCAAACCGGGCGUUCUGAAAGGAGUAAUGAAAGGUUUGCAAUUGAAGUCGUCAUCAAAGCCCAGCAGAGAUCCGAGUCCGGUUCCCAGCGCAGAGGAAGGAGCCUUAGAAAAGGAACAAGCCACAGAAAAAAACAAGCAAGAAAAAAAUGCGGAACCCAAACAGGACAAAGGAGGACUGCUCGCUGGGAUGUUCCGAAAAACACCCAAAGAGAGAUCAAUAUCUCCUGCACUGACAGUCAGUAGAGCGGACAGUGAUGCUGAAGAUGGAGAAGAGGAGGAGAAAACAUCUCAGCCGUCCCAUGAGAAGGGAAGCUUCUUCUCCGGCAUCCUUAAAAAAUCCAACAAACCAGCAGAUGAGACACCUGCACAGGAUAAUCUGAGUUCUCACAGAGAGCUGUCGGCCAGCAGUGACAGUCUGUCUGAAAACAACAACAAGGAGAAGGGAGGCUUCUUCUCCGGCAUCCUUAAAAAAUCCAACAAACCAGCAGAUUGGACACCUGCACAGGAGAAUCUGAGUGCUCACAGUGAGCUGUCGGCCAGCAGUGACAGUCUGUCUGAAAACAACAACAAGGAAAAAGGAAGAAUAUUCAGCGGGAUGUUCAAGAAGUCUCCGAAACCCACGGAUGCUGCUCAGACUGACGAGGACCAGCGCUCUCUACACGAUGAUCCCUCAGGCAGCGCCGAUAAUCUGUCUGAAAACUCAAAGGAAAAAGGAGGAUUUUUCAGCGGCAUUCUCCGAAAAUCUCCCAAGAUUCCCGGAGAGGGGGCACCUGAGCAGGAUAAAGAGUCGCUGCAGACCGAACCAGCAGGCAGCAGCGACACUCUGUCUGAGAACAGCAGCAACACUAAAGAGAAAGGAGGCGUUUUCAGUGGGAUGUUCAAGAAAUCUCCCAAACUGUCUGAAGGGCCGCGACUGGAGCAGGCUGCAGAGGCGCUGCACGGUGAGUUCGCUGCCAGCACUGACAACCUGCUGGAGAACAAGGAGAAAGGCGGUUUGUUCAGUGGACUCCUCAGGAAGACUCCCAAAACAGCCGGAGAGGAGAAUCUGUCGGCUCAGAAAGAUCUCUCAGGCAGCAGCGACAGUCUGUCUGAGGCCGCCAACGCAAAGGAGAAGGGAGGUGCGUUCAGUGGCAUGUUCAAGAAGUUGUCCAGACCUGCAGACAGUCCUCCAACAGAGGAAGAGAAACUGAUACAAGAUGAUGAGCUGUCGGUCAACAGUGAAGGUCUGUCUGAGGCCAACAGCAAGGAAAAAGGAGGAAUAUUUGGUGGAAUAUUCAAAAAGUCGCCCAAACCUGCAGAAGCUGCUCAGCCUGAGGAGGAUGAGGGUCCUGAUAAGAAGCUCUCAGCCAGCAAUGAAAAUUUAUCUGAGAGCAAACAGGAGAAAGGUGCAGGGCUGUUCAGCGGACUCCUCAAAAAGACUCCCAAAGCAUCUGGGGGAAAGACAGACUCACCGGACGGAGAGGCUGAGAACGAGCUGUCGGCCAGCACCGACGACCUGUCUGAGAAUAACACGACCAAGGAGAAAAAUAUUUUCAGCAACAUGUUUAAGAAGCCGCAGAAACCAGCAGAAGGCGCCGCAGCGGACAAGGAGCAUGAGGUGAACAGUGAAAGUCAGUUAUCUGGGAGCUGUGAGAAUCUGACCGACACGACCGUCCUGAAGGAGAAAAAAGGAGGCCUGGCUGGUAUAUUCAAAAGAUCAGCCAGCAUCGACAACCUGUUUGACGAGGAGAAAGGUGGGCUGUUCAGCGGACUCCUCAAGAAAACACCUAAAGCGUCUGGAGAUGAGGCAGAGGACAAAGAGGAGCAAAGGGAGCUGACAGCAAGCAACGACAGUCUGUCUGAAAACACCGGCACCAAGGAGAAAAGUAUUUUCAGUGGGAUGUUUAAGAAGACUCAAAAACCAGCAGAGGGGACCACAGAUGAGGAGUCAAACACAAGCGAGGAUAAGAAAUUAUAUAGCAGCUCGGAAAAUCUGUUAGAAGGAAACACAUCAAAGGAGAAGACAGGAGGACUUGCAGGGAUCUUCAGAAAGUCUCCCAAACCGGCUCCACGCUCUGUCGUUACUAAGGAUCCACUCAGUGGCACAAAGGAACUGUCGACCAGCUGUGACAGUCUCGCAGACGCUGCCGAGGAGGAUCUGUCAGCAUAUGCUGAAUUGUCUGCCAGUAACGAUAAUCUUUCUGAAGCUACAAGCACCACGAAGGAGAAAAAAGGAGGGUUCGCUGGGAUGUUCAGGAGGACGCCCAAAACUGUGGAACAACAGGAGAGCGAGGACAUGGAGGCACCAGAGGGAGGAGGAGGGCUGAGACGCAGGAGGACGAUCAAGAAGAAAAGACGAGUUGUGUCAUUCCGAGUCAAGAAAACUCUUCCCAAGAUACCCAAGAUUGAUUUAUCUUCACAGACUUCAGAGAAGAUGCCUAUCAUUGAGGAGACAGUAGAGCUGCAGGAACUGAACCCAGCUCAGGAGAGCACAGUGGAGGUCCAGCCUGUGGAGAUGGCAGCUUACCCGACUGAAGACGACCCUCUUGAAUCUGAGCCGGAGAGUGAUGAGUUGAUGGAGUGGUGGAACACAGUGAAAGGUUGGGCAGAGUGGAAUGAGAUAUCCAAUUUCCAGGCGGAAGAUGAGGAAACGGCGAUGGAGCAGGCAGCUGAUCGUAUCUACAUGGCAGCUCGUCUCUUCGUGCGUCUUUUCAACCAGCGGGGGGCGUCCUUACAGCAUCGCAUCCUGGAGCUUCUGGCUCUUGCUGACGCAGCGGAUCAGUUCCACAAGAAAACGGUAAAGGCUGCUGUGGGUGGAGGGGUGGCCAGUGUCGCGGGCAGCGUGGCUACAAUCACGGGGCUCAUUCUGGCACCUUUCACUUUCGGUGCCUCUAUUAUUGUGACGGCGGUGGGGAUCGGUGUGGCGACAGCAGGCAGCAUCACCUCAGCGACGGCCAACAUCACGGACACAGUUCACUCUAACAUGGACAGGAAGAAGCUGGAGAAGAUGAUCCAGGGCUACCAGGAGGAGAUCAAAGUCAUCAGAGAGUGUUUGGAGUUCGUGCAGGAAGGUAUGGACACCCUGCAGGAGUGGGACUUUGAGAAAUACACUCAGAGCGCUGCCAAAAAGGCUCUGAACCACAACAUUAAACAUGUGAUGAAGGAGGGCGGCCGCGCUGGGAAAGCCCUGAUGAUCAACACUGACAAACUCAUCAGCACCGUGCAGGUUCUGGGCGCUGCAGGCGGCGCCGCCAAAGCCGCGCAGGCCAUCAGCGUCACCACAGGGGUCAUGUCGGCCCUCUUCCUGGCUCUGGAUGUUUUCUUCCUCGCCAAAGACUCCCACGAGCUCCGCAAAGGCGCCAAAACCAAAUUCGCCACCAAGAUCAGGGAGGUUUGUAAAGAUCUUCAGGACGGCCUGUUGGAGCUGAACAAGGUGAAGACGCAGCUGCAGAAAACCAUGGAUGGCAUCGAGGUGGAGGAGUACGAGGAGAUCGAGGAGGUGGAGGUGGAGGUUGAAGACGAGUUGGAGUCGGAUCCGAAGAAGCUGGCUGAGCUGGAGCAGGAGCUGGACCUCCUGGAGGAGAAACUGGACAAGAAGGUUGAGGAAGAGCAGAAGAAGAGUAAAGAGAUAGAGAAGGAAAGUAAGGAGAAAAUGGAGGAGAAGAGCAUGAAGGAAAAAGUAGAUCCAGAGAAAAAGAAGGACAAGGAGGAGGAGGAAACGAAAGAGCACGAAGCAAAGAAGGAAAAGGGCAAAGGAGAAAGCAAAUUAGAGAAACUAUCUGAUGAAGAAAAAGAGCAGAAAAAUGGGGAAACUGGCAAAGCAGCUAAAAAGGAAGUUUUAAAAGAACAAUCUCAGAAAGGAAGCAAAAAAGACAAAGAAACUGAGAACAGAAUAACAGCUGGAAAAGAAAAACAUGAGAUCAAGCGGGACGAGGCAAAAGAUGAUACUGGCGCAAAUAAAAAGACUGAAGAAAAACUGAAAAAGGUGGAUGUAAAAGAACAGGAGGACGUUCAAAGCAAAUCAGCUGAUUCAAAACAAGAGGACUGGAGGGGAAAGCUGAGUUCAGAAAGGGUGAAAACUGAGAGAGAAAGUCAAAGAAGCAAGAGCAGCAGAGAGGAGGAAAUGCAGAGAAAACAUGAGUGGAAAUCAGUGAAUAAAGAGAAAGAGAAGGAAAGUGGGAGCAUGAGGAGGCACAGCAGCAGAAGUGACCAAGACAGAGAACGAGGGAGUAAACGUGAAAGCAGAGAAACAGAUAGGGAGAGAGGAAGCAGCAGCAGAGACGUGGACAAACUCAGUAGAAAAGAGAGUGACAGGACAGACAGCAGAAGGAGGACGGAGGAGGAGAGAGGAGGAAAAGACUGGAGAGCUGAUGCGUCAAAAAGACGAGAAGAGAGGAGAGAAAGUAAAGAAGGAGAGGAAUCUAAGAGAGAGAUGGAGAGAGGGCCAAAACAAGAAGACCACGUGAGGAAACGGUCGCAUCGAAGUCAUGAAACGGCGACGAGCAGGGAGAGAGGGGGGGGGGGCGGCAGGGAGGAGUCGGGCUCACAGAGGAGUCACUACAGGAAGGCGCACGAUGAGAAACGAGGGAGCAGGGUUGAGAGCGCGAGGAGGCAGUUUGAGAGAGCAGGAGGUGAGGAGGUGGACGAGGAGGAGGAGAGGAGGAAGAGGAGAGAGGAUGCGGAGAGCCGGAGGAAGGCGGGAGAAAGGAGAGGAAGUGACAGAGACAGAGAGCACGGACAAAGCCGGCGAGGGUCUCGACCUCGAUCCGGCGCUCUGCUGGAAGACGGGCUGUAUAUCUAAGUUUAAUGUUAUUCGCCGUUUUCUUUAUUGUGAACAAAUUACAUGAAAAGACCAAGAUUUGUUGACAGUAAAUUAAGUUACUGGACUGAUCCUGCACAGCUGCGAUACCACGUUAUCAAAUCAACUCCCAGGUUUUGAGAUUUCUGCCUCCCAAAAAAGUACAAAAUGGGUGAAUUUGAAAAGUUAACAGCAAGAACAUUUCUAUCACUUUAUUUCUUUCAACCACACAAAAGGCCCCGAAUAAAUAUUGUUGAUAGUGUGUCCCAUGCAUCAAUGGGCCGACUGUGUAACAUGGAGUAAUGGGGACAUUGUGUCAGGAAAGAGAUUCUGCUGUUUGAAGUUUUACAUGUAUUUUCUUCAGAGCUGAGGGCAGCAUAAUAUAUUAUACAGCGUAAUUGUAUUUGCCUCCAUUAUAUUGUAUUGUGGAAGAAGCUGAAACAUUGAAAUCCUGGGCAAAUAAAACCAGAAUGACCUGCAUGGCCCUUUAAGGCCUCAAUAUCUAGAAUUUCAUUAAUUAUAGUAUCUUUAAAUAUUCUUAGACAUUUUCACUAAAGUCAGACAUUUUCAAAUCUUUCAGAGAUUCUCUAGUUGCCUUAUGUAAAAUAAUUUUUUCUGCUUUUGUUUUUUUCACCCAAUCUGUGAAGCAGAUUUCUUACAAAAUCUGACUUGAAAUGAUCUGAAAUCCAGUGCAGAGACGGCUAGUGUCGUGUUAAUGCCUCAUGACAAUGAUUUACUAAUGUUGUGCCAGAGGUAACAUCUUUAAAAUAUAUAUUUAAAACAUAUAUUUAACAUAUAUAUUUCUGAUUCAUGGUGGAACAUGUUACUUUAUAUUACGGGUGUUACUUGUAGGGUAAAACUAGGCCUGUUUUCUGAGUAGGACUCUUUAAGUCCAUGUUGUGCCUUUCCAAUAGACAUACUGUGUGUGUGUUGUGUCAUCUCAUGGAGCAGUGCUUUUAUUUCAUAAAUAUUCAGUAUGAGCUCGAGCACGCUCAGGGACCAAAAACACACUGGUAAAUACAGCAGGGUGAAGAAUAAUAUAGUAUAUAUAGAUUAUAUAUAAUCUAUAUAAUAUAAUAGGAUAAUAACUCCUGUACUUAAAUCAUCUGAUUGUUGGUUUUUCUGAUAAUCACCUGUUACUGUUACGCAUUUUCACUCAGCGCACUUUAACCAGGCGUCGCCUCCCUCAUGUCUGUCUCAGGUUUAAAGUCAGUCGUUACGACUUCUAAACGUUUCUAGAAUACGGUGCAAUGGUUUACUUUAGUGUUUUGUGUGUUUUCACCAUUGUUUUUUAUAUUUUAAGUGUAUCUAUUUUUAUAUGGGUAAACAUUCUUUUCUAUGGUGCGGGUUUCUUUCUAUUGAACAAAUAAAUUAUUAGAGUUUUUGAAACAGGAUGCCGUUAUGUCUUUGAAUUUUAAACUUUACUAAAAAUGAUUCAUUCAAUCCUUUCUUUUCACUACUGUUCACUUGAUGCUACAGCAGUGAUUUUAAAUGCAUGAGGACCUUUGCAACAGGGACAGGGAGCGAAAUAAGUCACUAACGUCACCUCCGCAGUAAAAGUAGUAAAAUACCUGAUCACCACUGGGGGGUAGCAGAGAGCUGAACCAGCUGUGUAUAACUACUUAGUUAGUUUAUAAAAUAAAUUAGGUUGUUAAAGUCCACUUCCCCCUUUUUGUUACUUUUUCUUUUGAACUCUUUUGCCAAAGACAUUUCACUUCUAAACUUCUCACAUAUUUAGAUAAUUGUCUGAGGCCCAAAAAAGUCAACUUAUCUAAUUUAUCACAAAAAAGCAAAGAUAAGAGAGAAAUCAAAAACAUUUAUAUGAAUUUGUGAAACUACACUUUUUUUUUUUUUUUUACUUCUUUCCUUUCCCAUGAAUCAUCUCACGACCCUCCAGAUUUAUCUUGUGGCCCUUUGGAGGGGCCCGACCCCUAGGUUGGGAAAUAAUGAAACUACAUAACUGUAUGUACAAUAGAUCAAACAAGCUCCACCUGGAGCAGCUACAACAAGAAACGCUGUUUCAAUUUACCUCCUGUUUUUGUCAUGUCCACUAUCUAGUAGAUAUUAAGAUAUUUAAUUAUACUAGUGAAAAUUAUGAGCUAUAAUGUUGUGAUUUCUGAAGUCAUGAAGAGUCAUCCAUGGCAAUUCAUUCAAUCAUUUCUAUUGAAUCAUUUCAGGAAAAUGUAAUAAUAAUUUAAUAGUAAGAAGAAUAUACAAAGAAUUUCCAUAAUAUUUAAUGGAAAUUCAUCAUAUAUUGUUUUAUCUUGUUUAUGUUUCUGAAUGUUUUAUUUGCCUUGUAAAGUGUCAUUGGCUGUUUUGAAAGGUGCUUAUAAAUAAAAUGUAUAUUAUUAUUA